AUUAGAAAUGCAAGCAACGCCUCCCCCUAUGGUAAACUGAUCAUGUUGCGAGCCUUAAAAUAGAUUUGAAAAUAAUUUCAGGAAGUGAACAAGAAAGGCAAGUUGUGUGCACUGGCCCUUAUUUUUUUUGUAGCUAGUGUACUUAAUGGUCGUGAUGUCGAGAUAAAGUAGCUGAAUGUUGUCUCGCGGCAAAGCCAGGAAAGAACGACUUACCAAAAUGUCAGAUUCAGACUCUGGUCCAGAGUUUGUGGACUACGAUAUCAGACACGGGGCGAAACUUAUCUAUGAAAAAGACAGUCCCUUUGUAGCCCUGCAACCUCCAGAUUAUAUAUAUGAGCGAUGGAAUAAAAUCCCUGUCUGUUUGAAAAAGAAAGCUGCCCAGCUGAUGCAUGUAUCUGCCUUUUGGUACCACAUUCUGCUUUGUCGAGAGAAUCACAACACCACACGCUGGGCUGUGCAAGUGGGCUUCCUAGACUCAAAUUACGGCAAUGACCUGAGUCUGAAGAGACUGCACAGGAUAGAAAUAUUGGAAGCUAUCCUCAGAGCGAUGGAAAAAGGAUGUUUAUUUGAAGAUCAGACGAGGCAUAUGAUCUGGAUAAGCAAUAAGUUUAACUUGCAUGUGCUGGAGGUCCUGGACGACGCGAUAUGCUGGCUGGAGCGGACAGGAGAGCCCCGCAUCAAGCAGCAGGUUCAGGAGCUGGGCCCCAGAGGGAACUGCUUUGCUGCUCUUCAACUCAUCUUCGCUGAGUAUGCUCACUAUACACAGGCCAUGGGAGUCAGUAGGAAAAAAAUUAUGCGAGAGCUUGCACAGGGUCCCUGCCAAUGGUCUAUUGAGAAAAGUGAAGAGAUGAAGGCUAAAGGAAAUGAUCAGGUUCAGAAAAAUAAGUAUGAUGCAGCAGUCAAGUGUUACUCAAAAGCCAUCAAAUACCACCCUGAAAACUACAUUAUCUAUGGGAACAGAGCACUUUGCUAUAUUCGUAGUGAAAAAUAUCUAAAAGCUGUUGGUGAUGGAAAACGAGCCACUUUGAUACAACCAGAGUGGGCAAAGGGUCACUACCGGUACUGUGAGGCGUUGUUCCUCCUUGGGGAACACAAGCGGGCGGUGGCAGCCAACGAGUGGGCCCAGACUCUGUGCAAGGCUGACCCAGAGGGCAUGAAGGACCUGCUGCAGCAACAUACCAAGUUCAACAUAGAGAUGGAGAGCAAACGUCGCAGGGAAGAGGAGAGCAAAGUUGGCAGACCGAAUAAAACUGCAGCUAAGAAAGUUUCAAGUAAAAGAACGGACAGUACCACCAGAGCAGACACUACAGAGUCACGACAACAGACUGAUAAACCUGCCAGUAAGGUUGAGCCUUGCACUAAUAGCACCGCUCCUGAGAACAAGUGCUCAGGAGUCAAGGUGGAAAGUCUGACACAGCCAGUGAAAGCUGAAGGGGGAGCACAUUCAGUGGAUAAUGCAGAGGGGCCUAAAGAGACGAAAAGUCAAAUGGCUGAUAAAAAGAGCAGCAAAUCAGAGCCCAUCGCUUCAGAGAAACCGAAAGGGAAGAGCAGAAACCAGCAUUCAAAGAUGAUAUUAGGCAGAUCCGGAGACCCCAGUAUGCGGGACUUGCUGGUGUCAGCUGUGCAGGAUGCCCACACGGCCCUGGCCGACCAGCGAUGCCGCAACGCAGAGCAGGCCUUCUCCCAGGCCCUCGUCAUCCUGGAGACCAGCACACCAAAGGAACUUGGCCUCUGUGCUCUUGACCAAGUUGUGCUGAUUUAUGGCCAUGCCUCAGCUCUGUUAGAGAUUGGUCAACCUGAGGAACUUGCUGAAGCUCAAAGGGACUUUGACAAGAUCAAAACCUUUGAAGAGAGGAAGUUUCAGUGUCUGGUUUUUUACGGCAUUGGAAAGGUGUAUCAGAAGGAGAACCGAUUUCCAAUUGCUCUGGAACAGUUUUCUAAUUCUAUGCAAAUGGUUAAGAAGAAGAUAACACCUGGUAAACUGACUUGGCCCACCACAACAGCUAUUGUUGAGGAGACUAAGCUGGACUAUUUCAAGGAGCUGCUAGAGGAAUCCAUAGAGAUGUGCAAAUUUCCACCUAAACCAGAUGCCAUUUGUCGGCAUCAGAAUUGCCAUGGCCAUUCCAAAAUGGAAAUCUACUUCACAGAUCCAGAUUUUAAGGGUUUCAUUCGGGUGGUUUGCUGCCAAAGCUGCAAAGUGGAGUACCAUAUCAGCUGUUGGAAGAAGUUGAAAGUAACAGCAUUCUCUGAUAAGAAUGAAAAGGAUUUCCUGCAGGAAAUUUGCUUUACUCCAGAAUGUGGGGGUAGAAUCUGUCAUAUUAAAAUAUAUGGUUCAACAGGGCUUGUCAAAUGUGAGUUUGUGUCUUUAGCAUCUAUUGAAAAACAUAGAGGUACAGCAAAAUUGAGAGUAAAUCAGAAAUGUUCAAGUCUCAAGAAGUUGAAAUCCAAAGAGGAUCGUAAGAUCAGACGGAAGCAAUGUAGGCAAGAUGCUUCUCUGACUACGCAAGACAAGAAUGAUCAGAUGCCUUUGGAGAACCGGGAGACCAUUGUCGUAGAACAGAAGGCUUCAUCCCCCACCUGGCUGUCUUACGGGGACCGUGUUCUGCUUCAGAUCAGCGAUAGCAAGGAUCUGUUCAGGGACAAGAGCCACAACAUCUCUGUGUUGAUGAAGAACCUUAAGCCAUGGAUGGACAUGGACCGGAUCAAGGGAAGCGAACUGGGCAUGUCGUAUGCUGGGAGGCAGCCGGAGACGCUGGGGGAUGUGGUGGAGCUCCUCCUGGAAAGGAAGAACCGGGUGUGGGCCCGCAUCUUUAUCCACAGCCUGAGCGGCUGCCUGGACACCAGCCCCAAGCUGCACGACUGGGCCCACCAACUGGACAGCUCAGGUCUGAAUGCAGCUGGACUGUUCAUUGACCGUUAUGCAGACCACCUGGAGCAGCUGGACCUAGCUCCUUUGCUACAUUUUGCCCCCCUGCAGGACAUGCUCAUAGAGAAGUUUGGGACCAUGCCUGAGUUUUUUAGCCGUCUUGGUCUGACUGUAACGGAGUACCUAAAGCAGGCCCCUCCCCAGGAGAUGAGGCUGUUUAUCUGGACUUUGGAGGAGCACAGAGACCAGUACGCCUCCUGCCAUGCUGCGUUGGAUGACUAUUUUGAAAUAAUGGAUGGGCGUUGUUUAGUGAUUAAAAAGACAGAGAAUGAAAAUACAAUUAAAUACCCUAUUAAGACUAAGAACAGAAAUCGCAAAAAGAAGCAGAAGGAGCCAAAGGCGUCGGUUAUUGUCCUGUCGGGAAUGAGAGGUGGUACCUCAAGAGAGGAUGAGGACGAGGAUUUUUUAGAGGAGGACUCUUUAAUGUUUCUUGACCCCAGUGACCCAUUCAGCGUUCCCAGUCAUCUUCGUGAUCAGGUGACAGAGUUUGAGGGACAGUACAACAAUGGCAGCCGCAGUAGCCACUACAAGAGAAUAUUGGACAACAACCCUGACCUGACUAAGGAGAGUUUGUAUGACUACUUUGCCCAGAUCCUGGAGGAAUACGGUCCCCUGAAGGCCCAGGACCCCCUGCUGGUGGGCGAGCUGGACAACUUCCCUCCCGACGCCCAGCAAAAGAUCCAGGAGGCCGGUGGCCUGAAGCCUUUCCUCCUCGAAUCGCUGCGCUUCGUCAUGACUGACAACCUCCUGGGCCUUAUGAAACACGCCGUGUCACUGCAGGAUGCCAACACUCACAGAAUGGACAAUCUGGACUUCAUAGGGGAUAUCCCCAACAGACUCUCCCUAAACCCUUCUGCUAUGGCGUUUCUCCCAAACUCCCAAGAUUCUGGAACUAGGGAUUAUGAUGAGCCUAUUGCUAUUAUCCCUGUGUGGCCUAACCUGGCCAUUGGAACUCCAUUGGACAAGUCAUAUGAUAACCAUUAUCCAAAUAACCUUGAGGAUCUUGACCUUUAUAUUAGAGAUGUAGAGGAAAAGGGAGUCGAGGCACCUGGAAAGACUGCAGCAGAAGUACAGGUAUCAACUUGUGUCGCCUUGAGUGAAGUGGCUGUUAACACAGAGCCUUUUGAAGGGAAUAAUGGAGACCUGUCCAAGAAAGAGAAGAGUAAUGCAGAGUUUGAGCAGCAGAUCCAGCAAAUAAAGCAGGACUACGACUCUGUGAAGCAAAGACGCCUAAAGGAGAUCUCUGCCCUAGAAGGAGAGCUAGAGGAAAUCAACCGUUUAAUACAGGUCACCCAUAUAGAGCUGGGCCUGUUCCAGCAGAAGCUGGAGGAGGAGGUGAAGAAGGACCAACAGGAGAAGAAAGAGAACCAGGAGACCGUGAAGGCCUUAAAGACUGAGAUAAAGGAGCUGGCGGAGUCACAGGAGAGCAUUUCUAAGAGCAUCCGUGAGAGGAACAAGGACUAUGAGACACACCUGAAUAAUGUCCUGGAACUGAGUAACCAAUCAGCUGCUGAGAAGAUGAGCCUGGAGGAUGAGAUCAAGAGGUACAGAGACCUAUGUGCUAAGGCAACCAGGAGGUCUCAGGGAGCAGAGCUGUCUAUAUUAGAGAACCGGCGUGGCAUUGACCUGCGCUGCCUCUACAGGUCUCUGUCUGAAGCCAGGGCCAUCCUUGCCAAGCUCAAGGAAGUGGCACUCAGAUUCCCUUCCCAAAUUCUGCAGUCAGCCACAUAUGCCUGGGGAGCAUGUGUUCAAGAAGCGGAAGAGAAAGUCUGUGCAACUGAGGUGCAGUACCAGGAUCAUAUGGAGCAGGUGAAGAGGGGGACCAGGCUGUGUACUCUGCCCCCAGUGGCUGUCCCCAGCCCCCCGCGGCCCCCACCUGUACCAGUAAGAUGCAGCACAACUGGGCCUACUUUAAGUUUAGCAAAGAUCCACUCAGUCCCAGAGGUAGACCCAACCCCGUCUCUGGUCCCCCUCCCCCUCUGUCUCCCAUACCCCGGCCUCCCCCCUGUCGCCUACCCAGUCCUCUCCUCUGUCCCCGCCAUCGGCCUGGGCGUUCCCCUAGUGGCGCCAGGCUUGAGAUACAGCGCAGGCUUCACACUGCAGACAGGACAGGUGCUGGGGCUCCGCUUCCCCAUCAGAGGGCCCCUGGGGCCAGAGCAGAUGCUAUUCCAACCACAGGCUCACCAGCAGCUCCCUCGCCACCCGCUGCACAUGAGAGGCCCCCUCUAUGGCCACCCAGGGGUGCCCAGUGCCCCUCCGGCCCCAGCCAUGGCUCAGAGUGUUGCACCGUCCCCCGGCAUGGCUGGAGCUCUAGCUAGUGCUACUGCUAACGAUCCUACCGGCCAUUUCACGAGGCCUCUCCUUCAGAACCAGGCUCCCAGGCCACAGGCCCCACAACCCAACAAUGUGUGCGAGAGAAUCAUGGACCGCCUCAGCGUCAUGUUCCCUCACUAUAGCAGGCUCGUGCUGUACAAGUUCAUUGGGGAGAUACACACAGCCAACGGAGGCUGCCUGACCGCCCUGUCCUAUGAUGAGGUUAUCAACAGAGUGGCCCAGCUCAUCCUGGACCACCAGGACACCACCAGGGAGCAGCUGAGCAGUGUGGGUAAAGGUGACCCCGGGGCCCAGCUGUGUGGGACCCCUUCUUGCUCCGACUCCCCUGCCUCAGUCCGCUCCACUGGAACCCCUCCCACCGCCCACGUCUGGAAGAGAGUGGGCGCCCACGGACACUCCCAGGCCAAGGCGCUGAACAUGGAGGAUCCCUGUAUCAUCUGCCAUGAAGACAUGUCCCAGGAGGACCUGUGUGUGCUGGAGUGCAGACACAGCUUCCACAGAGAGUGUAUUAAGUCAUGGCUGAAGGAGCAGAGCACCUGUCCCACCUGCAGAGAGCACGCUCUCCUGCCCGAGGACUUCCCUCUGCUGCCUGGCAGAAUCCGCAGGGGCCACACGCCCGCCUUCUCCUAAACACUCCCAGCUACCUACCCUGAACCCCUAAACCUCCUAAUACCUGAACUCCAAACACAUUGAUUCCCAGUAUAUGCUCAACUGCUCAAUUCCAUACGAAACGCUUCUGUCAAAUGUUGCAUGUGAAGUUUUUUGACAAGUGUGAUUUAACCAUUUAUUCAUCUCCCUACUAUGACUGAACAAAAAUAUAAACGCAACAUGCAACAAUUUCAAAGAUUUUACUGAGUUACAGUUAAUAAGGAAAUCAG